GAAGGCGGCGACAUGGCCGAGCAGGAAGGUUAAGAAGGAGCGGCGGGGGACGAGAGCCGAGUUCGCUGCGGGCCGGCUGACCCUGCUCGGGACUCAGCCUCAGCGCAAGGUUGGGCGUGGUCGGUCGGUCUGCAGGGUCGCGACCCAGGGCAUUCGUGGCCCGAGGGCGGAAUGUGCGGUGUCUCGGUUCCGGGAGCCCCGAAGGAGCGGCGCCUGUGGGCAGGGGCUGGAGACUCCUGGGUAGGGAGCUGCCUCUCGCUCUGACAGGUGGUCGUGUGGGGUGUCCCCGAGGUUUGCGUCUUCACCGGGUCCCGGGGCCUGGGGGUUAGAUGAAGCGCGGGACUCCUAGGUGUUGCGAAUCCUUCUGAGAAUGCUGCCCCGACGCCAGUCCACGGCUGUUCUUUGGGAGGACUUUUAAAACCUCUGUUAUCUAAUGGUCCUGCCUGGGUUAGUUUCCACUGUUUGUGCACUCUAAUUUUGCGGAGAUGUGAGCUUUGGGAGGGCUUUGCAGCAAAGACCCAUUCAGGUUCAUGCCCGCUUAAGUCUCUUAAUAAACUGUAGCGCGGGUGACCAAGUUGUGCACCUAUUAAGUGCUCUGUAACUGAAUUUGCAUUGAAGUUAAACCGGUUCCAGCUACCACUGAACCACGUGGCCCAUUUGGGAUCCCCUUAUUGUGCUGUUGGGAACCCUAAGGGGAAGUGACAAUUCGAAGAACAAAUAAAGAACUCUGUAUGGCUUUUCAAUUUUAGUUGAAAUUCCCUCCAUGGCCUUUUGGAGUCCCUUGGUAUGUCUCCAGAGUAAAUUUCGAUUACACUUCAUUUCAUCAAUGUUGGAGUGGCAACAAAAAGGAGGAACUGAUUUGGGGUGAAAAGGCAUAACGAACUGUAAACUUCAAAAAAAAUUUUUUUUUAAAAGAAGGAAAGAAAGAAAAAGAAAAAAGUAAAGAUGGGUGAAAAGAAACCAGAGCCUUUGGACUUCGUGAAAGAUUUCCAGGAAUAUCUGACUCAACAGACUCAUCAUGUGAAUAUGAUUUCUGGAUCAGUUAGUGGGGAUAAAGAAGCAGAGGCUCUUCAGGGAGCUGGAACAGAUGGCGAUCAGAAUGGACUCGAUCACCCAUCUGUUGAAGUUUCUCUGGAUGAAAACUCAGGAAUGUUAGUGGACGGGUUUGAAAGGACCUUCGACGGGAAGCUCAAGUGUCGGUAUUGCAGUUACGCCAGCAAAGGGACGGCCCGGCUUGUUGAACACAUCAGAAUCCACACAGGUGAGAAGCCUCAUAGGUGUCAUUUAUGUCCAUUCGCAUCUGCUUAUGAGCGCCAUCUGGAAGCCCACAUGCGUUCCCACACAGGAGAAAAACCAUACAAAUGUGAAUUAUGUUCCUUCCGCUGCAGUGAUCGGAGUAACCUGUCCCAUCAUCGGAGGCGCAAGCAUAAAAUGGUGCCAAUUAAAGGUACUAGGUCUUCCCUAAGCAGCAAGAAAAUGUGGGGAGUUUUACAGAAGAAAACAAGCAAUCUGGGCUACAGCCGAAGAGCACUGAUCAACCUAAGUCCGCCUUCCAUGGUGGUUCAGAAGCCAGACUACCUGAACGACUUUGCCCAUGAAAUCCCAAAUAUCCAGACCGACUCGUAUGAAAGUAUGGCAAAAACCGCGCCAACGGGCGGCCUGCCAAGGGACCCCCAAGAACUCCUGGUUGACAACCCUUUAAAUCAGCUCUCAACUCUGGCAGGACAGCUGUCUAGUCUCCCGCCGGAAAACCAAAACCCCGCCUCCCCCGACAUGGUCCCGUGCCCCGACGAGAAGCCUUUCAUGCUGCAGCAGCCCUCCGCCCAAGCCGUGGGGGCCGCCGUGGGGGCCGGAAUUCCGCAGAGCUCCUCCCCCGCGAGCCCGGAGCCCCGGCCGCCGCACAGCCAGAGGAACUACAGUCCGGUGGCCGGCCCGAGCAGCGAGCCGAGUGCCCACACCAGUACCCCCAGCCUAGGGAACAGCCAGCCGAGCACCCCGGCGCCGACGCUGCCCGUCCAGGACCCCCAGCUCCUGCACCACUGCCAGCACUGUGACAUGUACUUCGCCGACAACAUCCUUUACACCAUUCAUAUGGGAUGUCAUGGGUAUGAGAAUCCUUUCCAGUGUAACAUAUGUGGCUGCAAAUGUAAAAACAAGUAUGAUUUUGCCUGUCAUUUUGCAAGGGGACAACAUAACCAACACUGACUGAAACUAAUCACAUUAUGCUUUACCCGGUUUUACCUUUUUGUUUUAUAGUUUUGUUUAUGGUUUUUCUUUUUUCUG